GUUUCGACGAGCUCCUUUUUCACGACCAAAAAGUAGUACUACGGCGAUCGAAACUUCAGAUUCUCUCUGCGAUCCCAGAACCGAACAACAUCGUUUUUAGAUCCGUUAAUCGACCAUGACUUCUGGUUUCAGCGGCGAUGAAACUGCUCCUUUCUUUGGCUUCCUCGGCGCCGCUGCCGCUCUCGUCUUCUCCUGUAUGGGAGCAGCAUAUGGAACAGCUAAGAGUGGUGUUGGUGUGGCAUCAAUGGGAGUGAUGAGGCCUGAACUCGUAAUGAAGUCAAUUGUACCAGUUGUUAUGGCUGGUGUGUUGGGUAUAUAUGGGUUGAUUAUUGCAGUUAUUAUCAGUACCGGAAUUAACCCUAAGGCCAAGUCAUAUUACCUGUUUGAUGGGUAUGCACAUCUCUCAUCUGGUCUUGCUUGUGGCCUUGCUGGGCUUUCUGCUGGAAUGGCCAUUGGAAUUGUUGGUGAUGCUGGUGUCCGAGCUAAUGCCCAACAGCCUAAACUUUUUGUUGGAAUGAUUCUUAUCCUCAUUUUUGCUGAAGCGUUGGCAUUGUAUGGACUCAUUGUUGGCAUUAUCUUGUCUUCCCGAGCUGGCCAGUCUAGGGCAGAAUAAGCAGGGAGAUUAGUACCUAUUGUUAUUCUUUUAUGGCUUAGUGGUGAGAAAGAUUUAAUGAUUGUUCACUGAUUAUUGAUAGUAGGGAAUCCCUUGCACUGUUUUGAAAUUAUGGAAGUCACUGUGUUGCCUGGGCACUUGGUGGUUUCUUUGUGCUCUUUGCAGAAGUAGGACUGAGUCAGUUUAUAUGCAGAAUAAAAGCUGGUGAAGCUGUAAUAUUUUUUUAUUUUUCUCUGAAUGUAUCAAUGUGUUUUGCGGACUAUCAACUGUUGCAGAUGACUUCAAUUUCAGGUCCAAUUCAUCA